AUGCCUAGUUCCAAGGGGAACCCUACGGACCCCGAACUCCGGGAGAAGAUCAAGGAGGAGGUCAAAAAUGAAGAAAAAGGAGGUGGUAAGGGAUCUUGGUCUGCUUGGAAAGCCGGUGAAUUGGCCCGCCGAUACGAGGCGCAGGGCGGCGACUACGAAGACACUGGCGACAAUAAGAACAAGGCUCAGAAAGGGGCCCCGGAGAAGAAGAAAUGA